AUGAUAAAUCGUGUGCUGGAUUGGAUCCGCAGCUUGUUUUGGCAGGAGGAAAUGGAACUUACGCUUGUCGGACUGCAAAAUUCCGGGAAAACAACUUUCGUCAAUGUCAUCGCAAGUGGAAUGUUCACUGAGGAUAUGAUUCCAACAGUUGGCUUCAAUAUGCGUAAAAUCACGAAGGGCAAUGUCACGAUAAAGUUAUGGGAUAUUGGUGGACAGCCGCGCUUUCGUUCUAUGUGGGAAAGGUACUGUCGUGGAGUCAAUGCAAUCAUUUUCAUGGUGGAUGCAGCGGAUGAAGAUAAAUUGGAAGCUUCCAAAAACGAAUUAAGCCAGCUACUUGACAAGCCGCAGCUCGACUCAAUUCCAGUGCUUGUAUUAGCAAACAAGAAAGAUCUUCCUGGUGCUCUCGACGAACGUCAGCUCAUUGAGAGAAUGUAA